UUUCCCGAAUUUUCCUACUGUCAAACACGCUUGCGUGCCGGAGUUCAGUACUUCGUUUAAGGGAAAGUUUUCGGAACUGGUUUUGUAGUUUUCACCGACAGGAACUAAUUUUUAUCUUUAUUAAGUGUGUCGGAGAAGUGCUCAGUGCUCCUGUCAGAGUUUUUAUUCAUGAAGUAAACCUCUGACGCUAACAAGAUGAAUCGUAAACUCUUAAUCUACGUGGAAAAUAUUUCCACAAGUAGCAACGAGGAACAACUGGCGGCUUACCUGGAGAAAUGGGCCCCGGUACUGCAGGUUACUUUCCUAAAAGAAAAACAGUGCACCAAGCGGUCGCUAGCGGCUUUUGUGCGUGUAAGCAGCGAAGCCGAUCUGGAAUUGUUGAUGCUGAGAAAUCAGCAAAACUAUCGCGGCAAACGGCUGUUCAUGCUGCGUACCGAUCAGCCGCAGUUUUUCCAAGCCGAUGAAACCAUAAUCGUUCGAAACAUUACGGCAAAAAUGUCCGAGGAAAUUUUGUACGAUCAUUUCAUAGAAUGUGGAAACAUUACAUUCCUGCAAAUUAGGACCGACGACUUUGCUUAUGUUGCUUUUGAAAACAAGGCGGCUGCCAAAACAGCAAUGAGCAAAAACAAUAUGCCGCUGAAGAAUGUCAAUCUUAAGACCCAACUGCUGACGCGUAAUCUUGAAAUCAUGAUCGUGAAUCUUGAUAAUAUAAAGAGCAAGAUGCCCGAGCUGUAUCACAAGUUGUGCAUGCCAAUUGCGCCUCGUGCUCCUGGUGAGAAACUACAACAGUCAGAGCAAGAGCAACCACAACAAAAUCAACAGGAUCAACGCCAACAACAACCAAACCGACAGCAACAGCGACCCGAAAGCCACCAGCAGCAACCUAUACAACAACAACAACAAUCCAACAAUCAAAGACAACAACAAUCCAAUAAUCAAAGACAACAACAAUCCAAUAAUCAACGGCAACAACAACCCAUGCAUCAACGUCAACAACAGCAACAACAACCCGUGCAACAGCGUCAACAGCAGCAACAGCAACAACAACAACCCAUGCAACAACGUCAACAACAACCCAUGUAUCAACGGCAACAGCAACAACAACAAAAUAAUCAACAAAAACAGCAGCAGCAGGCUGCCCAACAAUUACUACAACAGCAGGCACCAAAACCUCAAAGACAACAAAUGUCCACCGUACAAUUAUUAAAGGAAAAGGCCAGUGCCUUUGCUGAAAAACAACAACAACAACAACAACAGCAACAGAAACCGGUUUCCGAACCGACAACCUCGGCCCCAGCCGUCAACGGUCAAAGAAACAAGCCGUCAAAUGAGCCGGACGUGAUAGAACUAGAGCCAGAUACAGUUCCUCCGACGGUAGUUAUCGACGAUAACGAUGGGGAUGUGGAAAUCCUGGAUAAAUCGAUACCCCCAAUUCCGUCUAUAUAUUUGCCAAAACCGAACGAUUUGAUGCGUCCGAUAAAAGCGUCGGAAAUUAGUUUGACCGAGGCGGAAGUGAGGGAUCCCGUCGAUCGUCGAUCCAUUUGGGUCAAUAACAUCCCACCGGAAACGAAUCGCCUCGAACUGGUGGAAUAUUUGGAACAGUUUGGUAACAUUGAAAACAUCAAAGUAAAACUUUCAUCGUGUUGCUUCUUCACAAAAUGGGCGAAGGUUAUCUAUACCACAGAAGAAGGUGCAACAAAAGCUUCCGAAUAUUUCCUGCACCCCUACAAUGGCUACUAUCUAUUCGUACUUUCCUGCACAAAGUGUGUAGAGGAAUCACCGGAACAGUGCUUCGUUAUCGAUUAUUUGUCUAAAUAUAUUACCUACGAGGAAGUAGUCACCGCAUUUAAACACGUAGGAGAAGUGUUUUACUUAGUCCGACUCUUCAAAAACACAUUUAAAACUCGUAUCUUCUUCGUUGGCAAUGUAAGCGCAGAAGCUGUUCUAGCCGUCAAAUCAAUUAAUGGAAGUCCUAUCAAUAUGGAGACAUUCUCCAAGGGAAUGGUGCUCAAGAACACAAAAAGUAGAAUAAAUGAACUAAGACCAGCCAGAGAUAACAUUGAUGAUAAUAAAGCACAACGUCUAGAAAGGAUUAAUGAACUGAAUCGGCAAGAACAACUGGACGGGUUCGUUCCCAGGACGUAUAAAAAUCCCGACAUCGAAAAAAGCCCUGUAGAAAUACUCAUCCAUAAUGUACCGAAGACCGCCACUGAUGAGCAGAUUGUCAGUUUCUUCAAACAAAUCGGUCAACCGACAUCAAUUCGACGGGAGAUGGCACCAUAUGAAGACACAACGGAGCUGGUAUAUGUUGGCUUCGACACUAUGUCGAAAGCUUUGCAUGCUACCAAAAUAUCCCCGGAAAUCAGCUUGGCUGGAAACAAUCCGUUCAUUUUUACUGCAUGGAGCACCGCUACGCCAAAAGAUCGGAACGCUAUGCGGUUGCUGUUUUCUGAGUCGGUUUCCAUCCAGUCUGUUUACAAUGAAAUGAGUAAAUUUGGUCCUAUACGGCUUAUCGUGAAGGAAAACGACAAACAAGCUCUUGUUAUAUUCUUUGAAUCGGCAGUCGGACUGGUAGGCAGUGCUAUACCGGAGGGUGCAUUGAACGUUUCUUCCAUCGACGGAGUCAAGGUCAUUAAAACAGCUCGCUACGUCUCAAAGACCGCAGCUUCGAUAUCCGAGGACCCUAUUGUGAUUGACGACGAUGAUGACGACGUCGUUGUUCCAAAUCAACCACCGCAGAAUAAAGAAAAAGAACAAGAUCAUCAGAAGGGAAAACAAACUGGUCAGAAGGGCAAGAACCAGCAAAAUCAGGGUCCCAACCAGCAAAAUCAGGGACCCAACCAUCAAAAGCAGGGUCCCAACCAGCAAAAACAGGGUCCCAACCAGCAAAAACAAGGUCCCACCCAGCAAAAACAAGGUUCCAACCAGCAAAAGCAAGGUCCGAACCAGCAAAAGCAAGGUCCGAACCAGCAAAGGCAGGGUCCGAACCAGCAAAAGGGUCCCAAUCAUCAAAAUCAAGGUGCGAACCAGCAACAGCAGUAUAAUCGUCAGCAACAAAACCAACGUCAACAGCAGAAUCAACGUCAGCAGCAAAAUCAACGUCAGUCGCAGAACCAGCAACGACAAGGACAAAGAAUAAGAAACCCUUUCAGCGAUCGCCAAGUCAACUGGCAAGAUCAACCACAGCAGAUAAAUCCCUGGAACAACCCAAAUUUCAACAUCAAUGAACAGUUCGAUAAUCAACCACCUUGGCGAAAUCCAAUGAUGCAGGAGUUUUCCAACAAUCAGUUCGGUUGUGGGCAAAAUAUGAAUCCGUUUGAUGAAAUGCAGAUGCAGAUGCAAAUGCAGAAUAAUCGUUUUCCAAUGGAUAUGGAUGACCCACCACUGGAUGGCUGGGGAUUGAAUCAACAGCAGCAGUAUAAUCGGUUCAGUCCACAACGCAGAGGUCCACCGUUCGAAGAAGAUUUCCGAAUGCGCGAUGAUGAUGGAGGCAGAGGUCUGGAUUCUCCUCUUGGAAUCCCUCCAAAUAUUUCCGAAGAUGAUUUGGAUGAGUACAUUAUUCAAAAGCAGCUAGCGAUCGAACGUCGACUGGAACAACUGGACAAACAGUUGACUGAGCCUAGUCGAAACCGCAGAUCAAACGAGGGAAGCAGACGACGGAAUGACAUUGUUUUCGGCAAUAAUGGUGAUGUUCACUACGUUCCGAAUCCGGCAGCGAGAUUCCGUGGGGGAGGACCGGGCAGAAAUCGCAAUCGUGGACCUAACAGGGAGAAACGAUCGAAUCGAGGGCCAAGUGACUACCGGUGCCAUGACCCGUUUGCUGAUUUAGAUACCGUACCGAUUAUUCGAAUUUCUGAAGAUCGUUCGCCAUCACCGAAAAGAAACCGUGUAGACGGUGGACAAGAUGAGGAUGACUUUGAUGCCGAACGGUUCAAUGCUGCAUGGAGUUAAAUGCAAAUUUACUAAUGGAAAUAAUAAGUAGAUUCAAAUACUCCAAGUGUGAGUAUAUUUUUUUCUCAACAUAACAAGUAAUACAUAGCAGUGUAUUAAAUAAUUGAUAAUUUGAAAAAAAA